UUCGCUUGGAACGAAACUUCUAACUCUGCUUCAUCUUCGUUUAACCCGUUUAGUAAACACCACACAGGUCAUCGCAACGUGAACGUGUUCUUGCAGCGAUCUGAACCAAAGUACUUCUCUCACGGUAUUCCAAAAUUUGGCCAUUCGUGCAUUUUUAGAUUGUUCGCAUAUCCCGACCAAGCAUCCCGCACUCGUCCGCUUAACCAGCCUUACCAGCCCAUUUUUGGUUACGGCGGCAUGUUAGCGCAGGCAGCCUGGACUUGCUGGACCCUCUAUUGAAAUUUUAGUCAUCCGACAGUGGGGCAAGGCAGGAAGUGGAAGUGGAAGUGGAAGUCCUCUCCCAAUAUCCUACCCGUAACUCCUCCCACUGCCCGCUUUUUCGUCCUUUGACCCUCGACGACUUGCAACGCUUUCCAACAACACCAGCUACGGAAUAUAUCUCCAUACCUCCAUACUUCUAUACCUCACCAAAAGACUGACACUGCUUGUGAGAUAACCCGAGCGUCUUCCCGAAGGUGGGAGUGAAUACGGUGCACAAUAAGAUAAGGUUAUUGGUGGCACGCAAAGCGCUGCGCUCAGCGCCUUUUUUCGCUUGCUUCCAGGUUGCCCCCGACAGAAUACAAAGGCUACUGCUUGCAAUAUUACCACCACUACCACCACCACCUCGCCCACGAGUUUUUCAUCUUUUCAUGACGACAACUCUCCCUGGACGGUGACGACUCUCUCGACUUUGAAAGCACAUCGUGUUCAAGGCCUUGCUAUUCAUCCGCCAUUCACGACUAAGAACCUCUCCCAAUCCCCUGCGAAAACUGCCAACAUCGCCCACCAUGGCUUACAAUGGUAGGAGGGGACCCAAUGUCUCUGACUUCAUCGCCAACCUCAAUGCGAUCCCAUCCGCCCAAGACCUCCAGAAUGCCGAGGACAAUAUCAACUUUGAGGAGGACUUGGCCAUGUUUACCAAUACGCAAUUCUUCGAUACCGACUUUGGUCUGCAUACAGACAACUUUGGUGUAGACGGUCCAGGCUCUGCUGCAUCUCCCGAGGGUACGGACAUGAAGGCACUGGACUUUAACUUACAAGGUAAGAGUCCGACCGAUCUACGGAUUUUCCUUGUCGUCAAAUUGUUGCUUCUUUUCUGUUCUACUUUUCCGACACAAGGUGUCAUUGCCAGCAUCCCAUUCGCAAUGGAUUCGUGUAUCAACAAGACACUUUAUCCUUUCGGAUGUAUCGUUGCUCAUUGAUCUGUCACCUCGUCCCUCUGCGACCCUUCCCACUACCGCCUCGUCUCAUUGGUACUUUCACGUGCACCACACGCUGCAUCUCCCUGCAGAUGGGUGCAGCACUUCUGCAUGUCGCCCUCCUUCUCCUCAUUGUCCUCGGUAUGGCUUAAUCAUCCCUGACGAUGGCGUGAUGUCACGUGCCGAGAGCUGAGGAACAAUGAGCCUCAACUCCCGGAGUCUUUGGAAAUGGGGGGACCUGGCUUGCGACUAGUACUGGAGGGACGUUCUUCAGCAGUGUUUCUCCGUGUAUAACCGAUAUAUUUUCCAAAGCUCAUCGGCAAAGAUUCAAUUAUGCUAACCUGUAUACCAUGGCAGGAGACUUCUCUUUCCCGGAUUUCAGUCCAUUUGCUGCUUCCUACCCCGAAGGCAGUGCCAUUCCUCCACCCAUUGACUCAAACCAAACUACGUAUCCAUCAUCAUCAACGGUUGAGUCUCCAGCUUCCUCCUUGACCACGCCUACCCCAAGGUCCAAGCGAAAAUCUGCCUCUAUUUCCCACACGUCUCCCUCCGCACCCGAUUUUGAGGAGGCGUCUCGCUUUGCCGCUGAAGAGGACAAACGUCGUCGUAACACUGCUGCUUCCGCCCGAUUUCGAGUCAAGAAGAAGCAACGUGAGCAAGCACUUGAGAAGUCUGCCAAAGAGAUGAAUGACAAAGUGGCUGCUUUGGAGGGUCGCAUCAAUCAGCUCGAAACCGAGAAUAAAUGGUUGAAGAAUCUGAUCACGGAGAAGAACGACAACAAAGAGGAUAUUGCCAAGUUAUGGCAGAAAUUCAAUCAGGAGAACAAUGCCGAUAGGAAAGGUUCUGAGCGCAAAGAUGGCGUGGGAACACGGGCUUGAUCUUGACACGUUUUGAUCAACAUCCUGAUAAAUACCCUUUGAUUCUCUUCUCUAGUCUUUUUAGCGUUUCAAAUCACACUUCUUCGACGGACCCGCGGCGAUCCAACUUUCCCUCUUUCGGGAUAUCAUGUUGCUAGUUCUUUUUACAUAUUCAGCUCACGGGAUACAUACCAAUCCAGACACAACGACGAAACUCAGUCGGGAUCUUGCAUCAUGCCCUUCCUCCCAAAUUACUUUUCUUCUUUUUUCUCUUCUACUAGCUUUUGCAAGUAGUCAGGGUGUCGAGGUGGUGGCAAGGGGCGGCGAGUAUCAUGCAUGCCAUUUUCAGAUGGUCUUUAGGUAUCUGGGGUGUUGGUUUUUUCGAAUUUACAGCAGGGGAGAGCUGAAAGAAAGAUGAAAGAUGGUCUUGCAUGGAUGGUAAUGACUUGAGGAGUUGCACGAUAAAUGACAUGAUAGUGAUGUGUUUUUAAAGGGCAUAUGCCAAUAAGGCUGAUUCGUGGGAAUCUGGA